AUGGCCGAAGGCACCAUGGAUGUCUCGGAUGCAUCAGCCGCGAGGGAGCAGGAAUGCCUGCCAGAGACGCCUCGGCUGCAGUACCUGGCGGUCAGGUGUAACGACCGUCCGAUCGAUCUGGUGCCAGCAUUCAGCCCAGCGCAGUAUGUGUACAGCGCAGAGCUGGACUUCGCGGAGCCGGGCUUCGCCGUCGACGCGGUGCCCGCCGAGGGGUCUCGCUUUGCCAACGCAGACAAGUUCUCCUCCACCCAGCUGGUGGCUCCAGGCGCCCGGGUCACCAGCAAGCUGGAAGUGGAGGAUGUCGACGGCAAGGCGAAGAAUGGCUUGGAGUAUUCUGUGAGGGUCGUCCGCCUCACAGGAGAGGAGGCGAAAGCCAGCACCUGA